AUGAACAAUUCCAAUGACAAUAUAGCAUCUGAUGAUAACGAGUUGCUGGAAAUAGAUGUGUCCAGACUUUCCUUACACCAAACAAAACUACCUAUUAUAUUGCCUGUGAUAAAUCUUCAUCGUGAUCCACAAGUUUUAAUAUUUGAUUUAGAAAAUUUGAAAACUUUAAGAAACGAAUAUGGGAUACUAGGAGUGUUAAUAGGUACAUUGAGUCAAUAUCCACAGCAGAACUUCUUCUUAUCUAUUCCUCUUAGAUUAUUUGUUUGGGAGGUUAUAUGGUUGGUAGAAAAUAAUAUUGGUGUUUUGCUAGACCAAGUCAAUUAUAGAAAAGAGAAAUUAUUACUUCAAAACAGUAAAGGGUUGAAAUCCCUGAAUACCAUCCUGCUUAACAAAGAUGGAUCUGUUAAUGAUACUAGUCUGACAUCACCAAACUUUAUAAUAACGAAAAAUACUGAUGAAAUAGAAAAUAACGAUCAAGAUUUACUACAUAAACAUCAAAUCAACAUUCAAGAUUAUAUAAAUGCAUACUUAUCAAACAAUCCCCAGAUGAAUGGAAGCAAAUUUAUUAGAAAUUAUCACAAUUAUAAAUACUUCAAAGAAUUGAAAUACUUUGUUAGUCCAGGUUUAAAAUUUGGAGGAGAUUUUGUUUUAUACCCAUCAGAUCCAUUACGAUUCCAUUCUCAUUCAGUGGUCAAAUUAAACUCCAUUAAUCUUAAUGACAUUGUGGUAGGAGGUAGAUUGUCUACAGGAGUAAAGAAAAACUUUGUCGUAAUAGAAGAUAAGGAUCUGGAUGAUAAGGUGGAUGAUGAUAUUUCAAUAGAUAAGUUAUUUACAUCUAGUUCACAAACAGUAUUUUCAAUCGAGUGGGCAGGGUUUGGUUAA